GGAGAAAUCAUGGCGGCAACUGUGACCGUGAAGUCAACAAAAGAGCGGCUCUUAAGUGUUUUGGACGAUUUGGAGGUUUUAUCUCGGGAGCUCAUCGAGAUGUUAGCUCUGUCCCGGAGUCAGAAACUCCCACAGCCCGGUGAAGACACUCAGCAGGUUGGUAAACUUCUCAAAAUGAGGCAGAGAAGGGUCAGGAUCACAUUUGGCAGUGAUGGAAGUUACCGGCUAGCUGCUCAACGUAAGAUCCUGGAACUGCUGGUGCAGCGUGACCGUGAGUUCCAGGACCUGAUGGAGGUGGCCCAGCAGCAGGGCAAGGUGCACCAGGAGAUGCAGCACCUGGAGAAGGAGGUGGAGAAGCGAGACAGCGACAUACAGCAGCUACAGAAACAGCUGAAGGAGGCAGAGCACAUCCUGGCGACAGCCGUUUACCAGGCUAAGGAGAAGCUCAAGUCCAUCGAGCGAGCCAGGAAAGGAAGUAUAUCGUCCGAGGAGCUCAUCAAGUACGCCCACAGGAUCAGCGCCAGUAACGCCGUGUGUGCGCCACUCAACUGGGUCCCAGGUGACCCACGGCGGCCAUACCCCACUGACCUGGAGAUGCGCAGCGGCGUGCUGGGUCACAUGGCCAACCUGCCCACCAACGGCGUCAAUGGACACCUGCCUGGCGACGCCCUCGCUGCCGGGAGGUUGCCAGACGUGUUGACGCCGCACUACCCCUGGCAGUCGUCCGAGCUGUCUGUGGGCAUGCUGCCGCCACACCACGCCAACGACUUCGGCCUGGAGCCCCCUGGACACAACAAGGAGAAUGAGGACGACGUGGAGGCUAUGUCCACUGACUCCUCCAGCAGCAGCAGCGACUCGGACUGAAAGAUGACAGUGUGUGUGUGUGUGUGUGUUUGUGUGAGAGAGAGAGCGCGAGAGCGUGUGUUAUGCUCUUAAUUAUGCCUGUAAAUAAAAUAAU